CAGGCCCAAAAAAAUCCAAAAUUAAAAGUUCAACUCCAUCCAUUACAAUCUAUCACCCGAAAAUGGCGUCUUCUUCGUGUUCGUUGGUCUCUAUUCCCCCAUCCUUAACUCCCGCCAAAAUUCCAACCUCCACCAUUCUUAUCCUGCGAAACGCCGGCCUUAUACUAAACCCGCCUCCUCCUCCUCUCUCUUUUCCAACCCUCUCUUCAAAACCCAUCUCCGUAAAACCGUUCCUUAGCGUUCUCAGAUCCUCGCAUUCCCAAAAAUACGUUUACCAUGACCCUAUCCCUAAGUUUGCUGAAGCCGAGACCCAGAAGUUUAAAGCUGAGCUUUUCAACAAGUUAUCCAAAGACAAAGACAAAUUUGGUGAUGACCUUGAUUCUGUCAUUGUCGUUUGCGUUGAGAUAUUUAAUGAUUUCUUGCACAAUGAAUAUGGAGGAUCUGGAACACUGUUGGUGGAGCCUUUCACAGAUAUGUUUGUAGCUUUGAAGGAGAAGAAAUUACCUGGAGCACCUGUUGCUGCUCGGGCAUCCUUGUUAUGGGCCCAAAACCACCUUGAUCAUGAUUGGGAGUUCCCAUGGCGAGUAACUGGUGUUUGAGGACCCAUAUUCACAGAUUGCUUAGCUGGGAAGAACAUAUAUGAAAGAUAAGUGAGAGCCAUACUUGGUUGGUGAUGUGUGCGUCAGACUUUCCUCCUGAAGUUAGGUUGUCUUGUCCAUGGUGCUGCAAUUUUUUCAUGGAUUCCCUUUUGGUUUUUGCAUAUUUCUUGGCUCUCAUGAACUUCAUGACCUCUGCAGGGACAGGAAACAAGAGAGAGUUGAGAAAUCAAUAUAAAAGAAAGACAAUCUUGCAAAUAAAGAAAGUGAAGAAGACCUUGAGAAGUGAUAAGGCGAUAAGCGUGGCCAAGGGAAAGAGUAUCGGUGGGGCGGAGGAGCUUAACACGGGUGAAACGCACCGUAUCUCGAUCUUGAUGAUGGUUGGCUUCCUCCUCUUGGGAAACAGGCAAGGGAAUGAUGAGAGAAACGUAAUGACCGGGAUUCAUUCUCAUAACUUCACUGACGGGAAUGGGCCAAUAUAACCUCUCAAGCCUCCCGGAGGGAUGCUGAAUGACCAAGGCCGCCGCAUCGAUGGCUUGGCAAUUCCCCAUGAAUUCUGAAAAAGGAAGAAGAAGAUAAGGAAAGGAAGGGAAGAGGAGGUUAAGUAAGCAGAAGUCUCUUUCUAAUACGACCCUACACAAAAAGUCUCACUCAACUCAACCAAGCACAAGCAG